CGCAAUUAUUUGCAGCCAGUUGGCAGUACUCUUUGCGAACCACUAAUCUGAACUGAACCAGCUAUCGGAACCAAUGGACGCGGGCACCAAAAUAUUAGUUGUGGGCGAUGUGCGGGGCCGUUUCAAGCAGUUAUUCCAGCGGGUGGAAACGGUCAACAAAAAAGCGGGACCCUUUGAGAUACUGUGCUGCGUCGGAGACUUUUUUGGCGAUGAUAAACAGAACGAGGAGCUGAUUGCCUACAAGAAUGGAUUCAAGCACAUCACAGUGCCCACCUACAUACUCGGUCCAAACCAGAAGGAGCAUGAAAAGCAUUUUGAGGAUCUGUCGGAUGGUGAAAUAUGCACAAACCUCUCAUACCUCGGCAAACGAGGGGUGUACACGCUUACCAGUGGCGUUAAAAUAGCCUAUUUAAGUGGCGUGGAAUCAGCUGGUGGUGCAGAUUCAGCUAAGUCAAACCACGAGUUCACUAAAUCUGAUAUUUUUGCCGUCAGAAAUUCGUGCUUGGUGUCGAAGAACUGCUCCACCGAGUACAGAGGAGUGGACGUACUUCUCACAUCGCAAUGGUCAUACGGGAUGCAGGAGAAUGCGAAUGAAAGAGCAUCCAAGCUGAUAUCGUUCCUCUGUCGGGAGAUCAAGCCACGCUAUCAUUUUUGUGCCAUCAACGGCACCUACUUUGAGUGCCCGCCAUUUCGUAUGCCAAAAGACGAGACCACGCAGUUUGAGCUCUGUACCCGAUUCAUCUCACUAGCUGAUGUGGGAAACAGUGAAAAGGCAAAAUAUAUAUACGCGCUCAGCCUAAAACCUGUCGACAAGUCCCGACUGCUUGAUCUGGUGCAGAAGACAACCAAUGAAAUUCCGUGUCCCUAUGCUGGGCUAGAUUUGUGCGGAACCGUCGACAAGAAUGACACAUCGGAAACCCGCCAGUAUUUUUACGAUAUGGAAAAAAAUAAAUCAAAAGGAGAGCGUGGCUAUGGGAAAAAACGGCGUAUGCAAGAAUUGAACCAGGAAAAAUGCUGGUUCUGUUUAUCAUCGCCCGAUGUAGAAAAGCAUCUCAUUAUUACUAUCGGCGAACGUUUCUAUCUGGCCCUGGCCAAGGGUCCAAUUAACAGAUACCAUGUCAUGAUAUUGUCCACAAAGCAUCUGCCCUGCGCAGCACAACUAACCACUGAGGAUUGGGAGGAGCUGGACAAAUUUAAAAACGCCUUGCGAAAGUUCUUCAAAACCAUCGGUCAAGUGGUGUGCUUUACGGAACGCCAUUACAAGUCGUUCCACCUACAGAUCAAUGUGCUCGGCUUCGAGGAAGGUUAUGCAUGGAAGAUAAAGCAUAGUUUUGAGGACAAAGCGGAGGAAUUCAAUCUUCAAUUUGAGACGCUACCGGCAUUAGAUUCUCCGAAAAUGUUACCAGAAAUAGGACCUUAUUUUCUGGCCGAGCUCCCCGAUGACAGCACACUCAUUACGCGGCAGAUGAAUCACUUCCCGCUGCAUUUCGCAAGGGACGUUUUCUGUUCGGAGAAUCUUCUUAAUUGUGACGAAAAAGUCAACUGGAAGGAAUGCCUUCUCGAGAAAGACGAAGAGGCGACUUAUGUUUCAGACUUCCGGAAGGGGUUUGCCCCAUUUGACUUCACUGUCUAAGUGUUUAUUUUAAAAGAAUGUAGGUAUAAUAAAGUUAUAAUAUCGUUUGUAA